AUGAACGCCGACGACUCGAGAGGAAAAAAGCUGUUGCAGACUCCUCGCAGAUUCGUUCCCGAGCUCAGAGGUAUCCCGGUCGGCAGUCUUCUCGAGAACAUCACGAUGCCUCAGCUGCGCAUCUCCGAAUUCGAUUGGCUUGAUACUCUGGAAUCAGUACCCCAGGACGUCAGGAGUGCGGUACAGGAGGUUAAAUCAGGCUGGUUCAACUAUAGCAGACAUGAAAGUCCUUUGUAUAGCUUCCCCGGAGCAGUAACUCUAACACACCGAAACAACUUUUCCAGCAUGCCUAUGCAUGCGCUCCCACAACCUCGAACGGUUCAAGCGCAAACCUUCGCUGCCAUUUUCGUUUUCAAACACGACCCAGACAAGGAUGGCCUUCCCAGCUGCUCGAUUGACGUAAACGGCAGGCCCUCUGAUCCACCAGUCCGCGAAUACUUCCAAAUGAAGCCAUUCGAAGACAACAGGACGUACUGCAUUGCCGUUGCAAAAAUCACAUUCAACGCUGGCGUCGUCUCGUGCAAGCAUUCCGCACAGCUCGUCGCCGAAUCGCUCGCCGAAUGCCAGAACGACCAGCAGUCCGACCUCCUGGCCCCCGAUCCCCUCGUCGAAUUCGCUCUCGCACUGACCCCCGAGACCGUCAUGCAAGUCAACAUGAUGAACACGACGGGGUGGAACUUUGAGAACGGAGCCGCGCACUACGUCCAGAACAUCCUCAACGUCGCGUACCAAGGCGCCUGGAGCGCGACGGCGUACUUUACGAAUAAUGGCCCGGACACGCUGACCACCGUGGCCUACGAACGGAUCCAGGCCGUCAGAGCAGAGGUCACAGCCUGGAGGGUCUGGCUAUGGCUGGUUUUGAAUGGGGUGCUGACGUUGACGGGGCUCGUGGUAUACUACCUGCAGAGCCGGGUCGUUCGGCCUGUGGUGCAGGAUCCUGUGCUCACUGCGGUGAUGAUGGAUCCAUCCAACAUACUCAAGCAAGAUCGUGACGGAAUCUGCGACAUUGACAACAUCGGAGGCUCCGACAAGCACGGCAGGCUCCUUUCGCUCAGCUGUAUGCCACGAGUUGGUGGCCAGUGGCGUCAUGACAUGCUGAACCUUCAACGCCGAUCGACGGACAGGUCUUAG